AUGAAGGCAUACUGGUACGACAACCAAGAGGGUGACCAGCGCCUCGCCCACGAUUCCGGCCGCGAAGUCCCCGAAUCAUACCUGAGCGCCCUCGGUGUCCUGUACCAUCACUGCCCCGAUGUCUCGACCGUCGACGACAUCGCUAAAGAGCGUCAUUACAAGAAUCGCGAUGUGAUUACUGUUUCCCCAAGUGCCAUGGGCGAGGUGUACGAAGAUAAAGUGAAGAUGUUCUUCCACGAACAUUUGCAUGAAGAUGAGGAGAUCAGAUAUAUUCGUGACGGCGCUGGGUAUUUCGAUGUCAGGAGCCAAGACGAUGACUGGGUGCGCAUCAGGCUUGAAAAGGACGAUUUGAUCAUCUUGCCUGCUGGCAUAUACCACCGUUUUACCACUGACGACAACAAUUACAUCAAGGCCAUGCGAUUGUUCCAGGACGAGCCCAAGUGGACACCGUUGAACCGGGGUCCCGACACUGAUAUCAACACUCACCGGAAGACAUACCUUCAAACAACCGGCAGUGCGCCAGUCUCCGUGGCCUGA